AUGAGUAAGAACAGAUCAUCGCUACAGUCUGGUCCGCUGAAUCAUGAGCUAUUAGAGGAGCAAAAGCAAGAAAUAUAUGAGGCCUUUUCAUUGUUUGAUAUGAACAAUGAUGGAUUUCUUGACUAUCAUGAAUUGAAAGUUGCCAUGAAGGCCUUGGGAUUUGAGUUACCCAAGAGGGAGAUACUUGACUUGAUAGAUGAAUAUGACAGUGAAGGACGGCAUUUGAUGAAAUAUGAUGAUUUUUAUAUUGUGAUGGGGGAGAAAAUAUUGAAAAGAGAUCCCUUAGAUGAAAUAAAGAGAGCAUUCCAAUUGUUCGAUGAUGAUCAUACAGGAAAGAUAAGCAUCAAGAACUUAAGGCGAGUGGCUAAAGAGUUGGGGGAGACGUUGACAGAUGAAGAGUUAAGGGCGAUGAUCGAAGAGUUUGAUCUAGAUGGUGAUGGCGAGAUCAAUGAAAACGAAUUCAUAGCUAUUUGCACCGAUAGUUAA